CUGCAAAUUAUACUCUCUGACUAGCUCUUUCACCUGUGUGCAAAAGAAACAAAGUUUACUUUCAGUUUCAAAGGGUUCUGCUUUUGUUCCCGUCUGCUUGAUUUUUGUAUCUGCUUACUCACUACAAAACAAACCUUAAGCAAGCGAUAAUCAUGUCUCAUGACAGAAAGCAUAUUUAAAGAAAACUGAAACCUCUGCAGAGGGAACUUCUCCAGUUGACCACUGGAUUCCUGACUAUAUGAAGCAUCUGGGAACCUUUGCUACAUCCAGACUUGGUAAGCCUGGCCUGUCUUCUGUUGUGCAAAAGAAGAGUCCUGCCUCAGGAUCACAACAAUUUAACAGUUUAAGAUGCUGACAGUGGGCCGUGUUUUACUGCUUAUGGUAGCAGCAUCUGUUGCCAACAUAGGAAAAGAUCCUACCCUUGAUUCAGACUGGGAACACUGGAAGACAACCUACCAAAAGCAGUACAAUAGUGAGGAAGAAGAGCUUUUCAGGCGCCUGAUCUGGGAAAAAACCCUGAAAAUUGUUACAGUUCAUAACUUGGAAGAGUCAAUAGGAAUGCAUUCAUACACAAUGGCUAUGAAUGGCCUUGCAGACAUGACGUCUGAGGAAAUAACAGCUACCAUGACAGGGCUCAGAGUAUCCAACUCAGAAAUGGAUAACCUUACAGUUGAUUGGCCUGGAGAAAGUGUUCAGAUCCCAGAUGGCAUUGACUGGAGGAAGAAAGGUUAUGUCACCAGUGUAAAGAACCAGGGAUCCUGUGGUUCGUGUUGGGCGUUCAGUGCUGUGGGGGCCUUGGAAGGACAACUGAAGAAGAAAACAGGGCGUCUGUUGUCACUUAGUCCCCAGAACCUAGUAGACUGUACCAGGAGCUAUGGCAACGAUGGUUGCAGCGGAGGCUAUAUGACUAAUGCUUUCAGAUAUGUUAUAGACAACAAUGGCAUUGAUUCAGAAAAGUCCUACCCAUAUGAAGGUCAGAACAAAAAUUGCCGUUAUAAAACUUCUGGACGAGUUGCCACCUGUGUCAGCUAUAAAACAGUCCCCAUGGGAAAUGAAACUUACCUUGAAAAGACAGUGGCUUCAGUGGGACCAGUAUCUGUUGCUAUAGAUGCAAGCUUGAGCUCCUUCCACCACUACCACAAGGGUGUAUACUAUGACCCAAACUGCAAUCCUUCAAAUAUAAACCAUGCCGUUCUUGUUGUGGGAUAUGGUGUAGACAAAGGUGUACCAUACUGGCUUAUCAAAAACAGCUGGGGAACCAGAUGGGGUGCUAAAGGCUAUAUUCGGAUGGCAAGAAACAGAGGCAACCUUUGUGGAAUAGCUUCACUUGCCAGUUAUCCACUGAUGUGA